AUGGCCUCGACGGCGGCGCCGGUCGCCGAACACCGGACUCAGUUGUUGCUCACAGACCUCGGCGACGAGCUCCUGGAGGAGGUUUUCCUCCGCCUGCCCACCCCGGCGGAGCUCGCGCGCGCCUGCACCGCCCGCGCCUCCUUCCGCCGCAUCAUCACCGAGCGCUCCUUCCUUCGCAGCUACCGCAAACGCCACCCGCCGCCGCUCCUGGGGUUCGUGGGUGAGGAAGGCGGCUUCCACCCCGCCCAGGCGCCCCACCCCUCCGCCCCGCUCGCCCGUGCCCUCGCCGACGCUGCCGAUUUCACCUACUCCUUCGUCCCCCAACACGACGAGGGGCACGUGUGGGUCCCGUGCGAUGCCCGGGAUGGCCGUGUCCUUCUCGAAGACGGACAAAUUUGGGAGGCCUUCAGACACCUUGCCGUCUGCGAUCCAUUGUUUCGUGGCUACGCGCUGCUUCCACCCGUUCCCGGGAACCUGGCACUCCAGGAGAAAGGCCGCCCUGUAACCAAUUCACUCAUGCCCAUUGCCGAGGAUGAGGAUGAGACAUUGUUCAAGGUGAUAUGCUUGGCUAACUACGAAACCAAGCUGGUUGCAUUUCUAUUCUCUUCCGUCACAGGAGAAUGGUGCAUAGCCGCAACUGUCAGCUGGAGCUCUUUGGGCAGCCAGCCACAGAUAUGGCGAAACUUCAGAGGUUGCGAUUACCGUGGCGUGUCCUGUUUUGACUGUGCGCGCGGCUCCUACUACUCAACAUCGACUUUUAACGACAAGCUGCUUGUGUUGGACACAAGGAAAAUGGAGUUUUGCACUGUCGAUGAUCGUACUGGCUACCAUAUGAACCUCAGAUGUCUGCCUGGCCAGCACGAGGACGUUGUCGACAUCUAUGUGCCAUCCCGAUUCCGGCCUGGCCAGAGUAGAAGUCUGCCUCGCAUUGUUGUGGGUAGAGAAGGAGCCCUUGAGAUGUUUUCUCUCGUUGGUGAUCACACUCCAAAUGGCUCUUUUGAUCUCUAUCAUACCACUCAGCAAAAUAAUGGCCAGUCUUCCAAGGAAUGGCAGCUGGAGAAUAUUAUACCGUUGCCCGGCAAGUAUGACUAUUUCACUGUGGGUGCAGCUGAGGGAUUCUUAUUCCUUGGAGCCACUACAGAAGAUCAGCUGGACUUUGUUGAAAGCGUCCCUAUGAGCUUGUUGACGACUGAGUGGAAUGUAGAUUAUUUUGCAUUGGAUGUCAAGACUUCUGAACUUACUAAGGUUUGUAGGAGCAGGAGGCAAUUCUUCCAUAAUGAAGAUGUUCACUGCUACUUUGGCUUCCCCCUGUCGUUGUCAAAACCGAGUAUAUGA